UUCUUUUUCGUCAGAGUGCCAAGUUCAAGUUUCUCUCCUACCGCAGUUUUGAUUUGGAACUCGUCUUACGUUGUGUAAAAGUUGUAAAGUAGCGGAUACAAUUCAAUUGUAGCACGGAAAGAAACAAAUCCGUAACCCGUUGUGAUCACCAUGUCGUCAGAGCAGGAAAAUAUUUACGUAUUUGUACCGAAUGUGAUCGGCUACGCCCGGAUCAUUCUGGCAAUCGUUUCGUUCUACUACAUGCCGACCAAUUAUGUGAUUGCCAGCUGGUGCUACAUCAUCAGUGUGGUGCUGGACGCCCUCGAUGGACACGCAGCCAGGCAUUUCAACCAGUCAACGAAAUUCGGUGCCAUGCUAGAUCAAUUGACCGAUCGCUGCGGAACGAUGGGUCUACUUGUGACCUUAAGCUACUUCUAUCCGGAUUACAUGUUUUGGUUUCAGCUUUCGAUGGCCAUCGAUGUAGCUUGCCAUUGGUUCUAUUUGCACACAACGGUCCUGCAGGGUAAAACUUCGCAUAAAUUUAUCGAUAUGUCCGGUAACCCAAUCAUGCGCGUUUAUUACACGAAUCGAACCGUACUGGGAUUGAUGUGUCUGUUCAACGAGUUGUUCUAUGCUGCACUUUAUCUGUUGCAUUUCACUCCUGGACCAUUGAUUCUUGGCCUAUCAUCGUUCAAACUGCUUGCUAUCGUAUCAGCUCCAGUAGCAAUUGUCAAAACUGCAAUCUCCGUCAUUCACGGUUACGUUGCAAGCAGAAACAUCGGCGUGAUUGACGUGGCCGAACGGAAAGCACAGCGACAGCGGGAUGCAGCCAAGAAGCCACAGUAAACAGGAGUAUUCUUCUAACGUCAUCCGGUUUUGUAGAUGAAACAGUAUCUUCGGCAAAGGUUCCAUCGUUUGCUUCGUCUGUGCACUGAAGAUAUUUUUUGCACGGUUUGAUUAGACAGGGGAAUCCUCAAAUCUACGUAAACACCAAUCGUGUAGAAAAUAUUCACCGCGAAGGACGACAUCCGAUGAAUCAUGAGGUUUGGUAAAGCACAGGAACCGAAUUGGGCGGAUGAAAUUCCAGAAAAAUUUUCAACUUUAUGAUCGAUAGUCAUCCCGAGAUUAUCGCAGCCAAAUAUUAACUGUACCGUGUGUAUCGUCGUCAUUAGUCAAAAUUAAGUUUUUGUCCGAGUUAGGACUCGAAGGAACGUGUCGAAGGACGCUGGUGUAAAUGUCGUUAUUUUAUCGAUACAAAGAUUAACAGAAGUUAGCAAAAACAAAAACUGUCAUUUGUAGAAGUUAAGGAAUGGUUUGUAUUCUAUUUCAAUAUAAAUUGAACAUUUAAAGCUUGUGGGUCCCGGAGUCCGCGUGUCCUGAAGAAAAGUGCAUUGAAAUAGAAUUUAUACUAAUUUAAUUUCAUUUUAUUUUCCGUUGUGGUAUUCUUUUCUCGCUUGGUGUCGAAAAAAUGUACCAAAUUAUAAUUUAAACCAAGGUAAUGGGCUUUAAAUUUACUUAAUCUUCUCAAUUUUCACUAAUCAAGUGAACAUAUUCUUUGACUUGAAAAUUGCGAUGCUAGCUUUAAUUUGAUUUGUUAUACGAUGAUAGAUUUAGUCGUCUUCAGGAAGAAACAGGUGUACUAUAGGAUAUUAAUUGUGUUUUCCAAAGUCGAUAUUAUCAGUGUUUAUGAAAACUAUGUCAAAUCAAAGAUACAUAUAUUUAAACAUAACCCAUCCGUUAGAGGUAAUUAAGGAACAUCUUGACGAAAUAUUGGUAUUUUAUAUUAAAACAAUGAACCUUAGAAAAAAAAAAAAAAGAAAACGAGUCUAGUUUCAUCAGGCGCACGCAGCUUUAUCAUUCCACAGAGUUUCCUUGUAGGAACCGGGAACGGUAGUCACUUUAACGAUUUCAAACCAGCUUCUAGUGGAUAUUAUUCUCAAUUCACUCAUGGUUAUUAAGCCUAGAUUACAUGAUAAACUUCUCAUCUUGAACGCCCUAUUUAUUCCACUUUCAUGCUUUUAAGCAUGCUCACAAAAAGUGGUCGAAAUGCGUAUCUUGAGGUUGAUCUCUAGUGAUGGUAAGCGAGACCCUGAGCGAUUUGAAUAAAAUUCCAAGAUAUAGUCCGAAACUGUUAGUCAAAUUAGCCGUAGCGACUUAGUAAAGCUCUACUGUGAGUUACAAAUCAGGAAAAUAUCGUUGUUCAUACUAAAAUUUGUAGAAAAUACACAUAUUUAUUUCUAUUUGUGAUUGUAUCUGUUUAGUAAUAAAAGAUAUAACUAUU